AUGCUCUCACUCAAUGCGCUUUUAAUCUCCGAGCAAUCAGUUGCCUCUCCUGAUCACUGGUUCAUACAGGGGUUCAUUUCUUAUGCAUUCCCUUGCAGUCGCAUCUUCGUGGGUAAAAACCUCAGCGAGCUACGCAAAAAGGCAUCCAAUCGGUCGUUUAGUCGUUCCACAUCCCUACGCAUAAUUUGCAAGUGCUUGGACGCUUUAGAAGAGCUUCAUAGUGUCGGUUACCUCCAUCGUGACAUAAAACCAUCAAAUUUCUGCCUUCGUCUGGACAAUCCCAUGGAGAUUUGCCUCCUUGACUUUGGCCUCGUUCGUCCCUUUACAAGACCCGGUGGUGUCAAUCAAGUCCGUCCUCCACGACCUUCAGCUGGUUUUCGAGGCACUGUCCGGUAUGCCUCCAUUAACGCUCACGAAUAUCGCGAGCUUGGGAGGCACGAUGAUCUCUGGUCCAUGUAUUACAUGUUGGUGGAACUUCUUAGUGGUGAACUACCCUGGCAACGCAAAACUGGCAAGAGUUCGGUAAAACAGAUGAAAAUGGAAAUUGAUCCGGUGAAUUUGGGUACUAGUGGUGGUCUUCCACAAACCAUAGCUACUACAUGGGUCCACGAAUUGAAAAAUUUAAAUUACUAUGCCACUCCAAAUUAUCGAGAAUUACGCAAGGUGAUUGAGGUGUGGCUUUCAGAAAAUUGGAUCAAUUGGAAUGACCCCUACGACUGGCAAAAACAGGUUGCGGGACGUCCUGAAAGUGAAUCCACCUUUACACCGAUGUAUAAGCGAAGUCAACCCUCUGGAUAUCCGUUUGUGCAAAAUGUGAAGCGUCCAGCUCAUCACGACUCCACUGGAUGUCUCAGACGUCUAGACAAACGUGGUUUCGGUUCAACGGCGGAGUUGAAACGACUUGAAUCAGAUGGAGGAGAGGGUGGAAUAACAGCUUUUGGUGGCAGAAGCACAGCAGCAUUAUGCGAGGAUGCAACUACAAACAAGAAUAUGGCGACUGAGAAGAUAAUGCAGGAGGAUGGACAUGGCAAUUUUGAAGACGUCUCCGAGAAGAUGGAUGGCAAAGAGAAAACCCUGGGCAGUCACAAUGAUUUACACACUGUUGGUGAUGGUCAACGAAAAUCCACCGAGACUGCUGAUAGACAAUUUCUUGCCACUUCAAAGGGUUUGGCACUUGUUGCUGACUCCUCCUCCUCCUCCUCUCCCUCAUCCUCGUCCUUGUCCUGUCCUCCUCCUCCACCUUUUAAUAUACCUCCCAACUUUUCCCAUUAA